UCUUCUCCUCCUCCUCCCAUCUCCUACUUUUUGAUGGGGGGGUGCAGCGGUGAAGUCACAGUGAUGUCAUUUUAGGAUGUGAGAGUCGGGGGCAAGGUGAGCUGGUUUUGCGGUGAGUGGUGUCCCCCUCCACGGCCAGCGUUGCCUGAUCAGAGGCGCGGAGCGGCGAAAGAUGAUCAUCGCCACCGGCACCAAUUCAAGCUCCGACGCGCUCUGUCCCAAUCCUCCUGCUCAGAUCUCGGGCUAUGGGGCCUUGAUCUACCUUGAUCCCAAAAUAAACCUUUACCACCACCAUGCCAAAGGACAGAAAUCAAGAAGAGUUGCAUUUUUAGGGCAGGUAACUUUGACCACGUGCCCCAAAGGUAAACUGGAUGGCCAUUGCGCAAAGGUGCCACUACAGUAUGUCCAGCGGGGCCCGGACGCACUGGACGCUACCGGCAGUUAUUGUACUGUGGACUUCUCUCUGGGGAAUCGUUUCAUCUUAUCCGAUUCCGAGCAGGACUAAUGCGACUUUACUGGAAAAGAAGUGGGAGACCCUCUUCUCCCGCUCCUACUUGGGUAUAACUGGGGGGAAAUCGGAGCUGAACUGGGAGAGUGACUAUUUGCAGGGCAUCAAAAGAGUGCGACGACUGUACUGCAACGUGGGCAUUGGGUUUCACCUGCAGGUGCUCCCGGAUGGCAGGAUAAGCGGUGAACACAAUGAGAACCAAUACAGUCUGAUAGAGAUCUCCACCGUGGACCGAGGAGUGAUCAGCCUGUUCGGAGUGAGGAGUGGGCUGUUUGUCGCAAUGAACAGCAGGGGAAGGUUAUACGGAACGAGAGUCUUCAAGGACGAGUGCAAGUUCAAGGAGACUUUGCUGCCCAACAACUACAACGCCUAUGAGUCUUUUGUUUACAAGGGCUUCUACAUCGCCCUCAGCAAGCAUGGCCGUGUAAAGAGAGGCAACAAGGCCACCACCGCCAUGACUGUCACACAUUUCCUCCCACGACUAUGAGAGAAACUGGCAAUAACUUAACAAUUUGCACAUGUGGAUGUUCCUCCAGGUAAUAUAGAAAUGCAUAGUAAUGAUAUACACACCCAUGGACUGCAAAAGAAAAGACAAAUAUUUAUUCUGAUAUAUAUAUAUGUAUAUUUGGAUAGUUAUCUUUGUAUAUGUAUGCCAUACUGUGCUGCUUAUUGUUUUUAUGGACAGGGGAAAGUUGAAGACUUUGCCUGUCCCACUUUACCUUGGUGCUUGCUGCAACUAAACUAAAUGUCACUUCCUUUUGUUUUUUGUUGAGAUGGAGGAUGAGCUGUAUUCUGUGCUUUUGGAGAGUGAAAUGAAUACUUUUUGUUACCUCAAAGAACCACUUUACUCGAUUAAGGGAUGCAUGGAGUUCUGCUCAAAUAUCUGCUAAGUUUGUUAUUUAUUUUUUCCGCAAACCUUUAUGCGCUUGAUUAUCGAUAGCUGGCAGUGGGGGGCUUAAAUUCACUACCUUUGCUGCACGAUUUAAAGGUGCCUUGGUGUUCCCACUUGUGGCCCCCUUAAAGUUGCAUGUAAGAGACACCCGCUGGAGUCAGAAAUAGGGCUGACACACCGAACAGGGCCUCAGAAGGGGGAGGGGGUUGACUAUCUCUGGUUUAUUUUCUUUUCUGUAAUUAGAUCGAUUAAGUAAUAAACAAUCUGUGGUUGAGACUAGAGAGCCGUCAGCCAUGUAGACUGGCACAAGGCCACGAGCUUGACUUUGUGGGAUUGCCGGAAUAUAAACAGGGUGGAAUAUGUAUUUAUCCCAGCAUGGAGAAAAUUUUUAUUUGAGCAGAUAGAGCGCACAGUAGAAAUGUUACAGCACAUAGUCUUGGACAGAGCUCCCACAGUAAACUGGGAUGCGGUUUUUAUUUAUUUUUAUUUAUUUUUCUCUGAAUGGCAAAGAUAUAGCUGCUAUUGAAAAUGAUGUCUACUGUCCAUGAAACCAAUGAAAAAAAACUUUGUAAAUAGUUGGCAAAUGUAAAAGAAGAAGAAUUCAGGAGCUUUUUUUCUUUCUUCUUUUUAAAAAACAAAAAAAACAAAAACCAUACAGUGCUGCUUUGUUACAGUUGCCUGAACGAGGCAUUAAGAGUUCAGGCUGCAAAGUCGACCAUCGAUGAUGGUGCCUCAAUGUUCUCUUUGCUUCCACAUUUGUUUUUUUUCCUCACAUCAGUGAGUUUGGUGGAGGAUGUGCAUGCCCUGGGGCAAUUCCCCUGCUUGAAUCUGCUUUCUGCAGCAGCAGCACUGCAGUGGCAGUGAGGUGUUGGAGGUAAAUGUUUUGAAAUGCAAUUAUAGAUGACUUUAAGGACUAAAGCGCGGUUCAGCUCGAGGACUGGAUCCACAUUGUUAGAUUUCUUAACUCUGCAUCUGUAUUUCUGUUGAUUUUGAUCUUAGUUUGCUACAGCUGAAUGGCUGAGCUAGUCAAAAACUCAUUAUUUAAUAAGCAAAGUUUAUUAGAGGUGUAUUAAGCUUUGCAGACCCGCUGUUAGUGUGCACAAAUAUCUUGUUAUAUAUUCCAAAGAUGUUUCUCUUGCCUCAUUCUGAGAAUUCCUGAGAGUCUUCCCAAGUACAUUCACCCCUGUACUUUCUGCAGCUGUUUACUUAAAAAAAAAAAAAAAUAGAACUGACGAACGUUUCAUCAUCUGCCUCCGUCUGUGCCCGUGACAGAGGAAACAGGACUAUUUAAAUCCAGGAAAGACGUAUGUGACGGAGCUGGCCUGCUGUCUUUGUUGUUCUUCAAACCUGCUGCAGGAAUGUGGAUCUGCCAGGAUGACAGGCAGCUUUCCACAUACCUGAGCUCUAUCCCACCCUCCCACCUCUGCCUGUCCCUCACCCCACAGCUUACUUGCUGUAGCAAGAGACCUUGGGAUUCCAGCUGUAACCCAGGAGCUUCCUCCUCUCCUUUCAGCCUUUUUUAGUUCAAGGUCAGAGUUAUGGACCCCGACCCCAAUGACCAGGGUGGUCUUCUAUAUGGGUCGGACUGUCUUAAGGCCUCAAAAACAUAUUUCUAAUAGUUCCUUUUACCUGCAGUAUUUUCUGAAACAGCACUACAUCCUAUGAAACUAGAGCCCCACCUCUUUAAAAUACAGCCCUGCAACUUGCUGUCAACUCCCCUUUCUAAAUAGUCAUGUAGGGAUAUUUCUGUGGAGGGGACAUCUGCAGAGUUAAUGCAGUGUGUGGGGAGCAGAGUCACGCAAAGCCUCACCUCACCUCUCCUGCUGCACUCCAGUCCUUUAGGACAGCUCCCCAGCCAUCCUCAGGGCGUGCCCUCUGCUGCUGUUGCUGCUGCUGCUGCUGAGCUCCAUCUGCACCCCAAAAUUUGAACACGCCACAUUAUCACACGCUGCUCAUUGAAUCAUAACAGUGUUCUUCUCCAAUCUUAAAUGGCUUGUUUCUGCUCUGAGGGCAUUUUUGCAAAUGCCAAGGCUAUAUACUGCACAGCAAAUGUAGCUCAAAAUGUCAGCAAAACAAACAAAGAAAAAAAAAGGCUCAUUGUUGUCAUUGAUGAGGCUGCAUGUCAUAUCACUGAUCUCCUCGGGAGUAAACCGUUGUGAAUCUGUAUUUUCACCUGAGCAAGACAUGAAAGCAAAGAGCACUUCUCUCACCCAGCACCCUAAUCAAGAUGUCCGAUGUCUCUGGCAGCCCCUUAUCAAGGACAUCUUGAUUAGAAACAAGUGUAAGGAAGCGACUUUUCAAACAAUAUCGGUCAUGAAAAACAAUCUCUAAAAGAGGGAAAGUUUGUGUCUAAAACAAAACGCUCACCUAUCAGCUUUGACCAAAAAAAAAAGAAAAAGAAAUGUAUCCAGAUUUAUCUGUUUUCUUUUCUUCCAUUUUCUUAUCAUAGGUCAAAUUUAAUUAAGUCAAGGUGAGGAAUUUCUUUUUAAAAAAAUAAUGAUUAACAUACUUAACAUACUUAGCAUGCCUGAGCUCUGAAUCUGAUUAAGGGUGUGUGCUUUUUCUCUGUUUUUUUGUUUUGUUUUUAAAUCCUUCUCUAUUCCUCUCCUCUGUUCUCAUAUACCUCACCUUCUGCCUUAGUUUUGGUUUGCUGAUGACUGUAAAUUAAAAGAAACAAACUUCAGUUAUUUGUUUCUGAAAACAGACAAUGCUAAGUAAGGAUAUUAAAGUUUUUUCCUUUUAUUUUUGUACGUAUGUGCUGUGCACAGCAGUCUACUGUA